AUGAGCUUAGUCUCCAGUUCAGAUAAUAAUGAGGCAGUCAUAUUAUCUAGUCGUCGUCUCUUGAGAUUAUUCCAUCAGAUCAAUACUCACAUGACCUUUCUUGCCUCUCAUUCUAGAUCCACUAUCCCCACAUACGAUCUAUUAAACAAACUUAAUUCAGAAAUUACCAAACUUGACCUUGCAAUUAUGCGCCAUAUAUUACCAGAUGGAGAUGUGACAUAUGAGUAUGUGGAUGAAAAUCAAGUUCUACUCUCUCUUAAAGAAAAGGUUCAUUUCGAUUGGAACACUGGCUACAAGCAGAAUGAAAAUAGUACUGUUGACGACGCUUAUGAGAAUGUGGCUAACCAUAAUGAUCGUAAUAACUCUCCUUCAAAGCAACUCUUAAUCUUUGAUUUCAAGGAUGUGAAAACACAUGGUAUUGGGGCAAUUAUGAAGGCACCAAGAAAGAAGCAAAAACUUGCCAACACUAUUGAUCGCAACGAAUCCUUCUUCCUUUCUUGUAAGGAAUUAAGUGUGAAGAAUUUGUCCAGUAAGCAACUUCUUUCUAUAAUAUUGGCACGGGAUCAGAAAUUUCAAUCACGUCUUGAUAACUUUUUGGCAGAUUAUAGUGAUGAAAUAGAAGCUAUGCAAGCCUUAAAGGCAAUUUGUGAAAAAAAAAUCCCAGAACCAAUCGUCUUAAAUGACCCUAUGGAUUUCCUUCCAUCUGAAAAGUCCUUAGAUAAUUCAUAUAAACCCACUGUGAAGGAAAUGAUGACUGCAUUAAAAUCGAAAAGCUUCUACAAGGACCAAAUUAUCCACUCGUCAUUGUUAACAAAAACUACAGACGCACAAUUUGGUGGGUUAAAUAUACACAAUUCUAUUAAACAAGAAGAUGAAAUUAACUGUUUAGAAAUCCACCCAGAUCUUAAGAAUGCAUUGUUGGAUUAUAAAAAUAUAUCCCUCGAAGAUGGACUUUACCUGCAUCAGGUGGAGGCUAUAUCUUCAUUGCUUGUCCCGUCAACUAUCAAGCAACAUGUCAUAGUAAGUACUUCCACUAGUUCAGGGAAAUCUUUGAUAUAUCAAAUCCCCAUAUUAAACCAAAUAUUGUGGGAUAUAACAAAUUAUAAUGACCAUAAAAGACACAGCACUGCAUUUUUCAUUUUCCCCACAAAGGCUCUUGCUCAAGACCAAAAAAGACAUCUACAAGAUCUUGUAGACCAUAUAGCUAUCAACUGCAAACGAAAGAUAAUCAUUGACACUUAUGAUGGGGAUACUCCUGGUAAAAAUAGACAAUAUAUUAGAAAAUAUGCUGAUAUCAUAUUCACAAAUCCAGAUACUAUUCACGCCUCUGUCCUUCCAAAUCACAAUCGUGUUGAAGAUUCGGGGUGGAUAGAAUUCUUGAGUGGUUUACGUUAUGUUGUCAUUGAUGAAUUACACGUUUAUAAGGGGACAUUUGGUGUGCAAGUUAGUUAUGUUAUGAGACGGUUAAAUCGAUUGGUUCAUAUUCUUCAACUGGAAGACAUGUCACAGACCCCACAACCUCUUCGAUACAUAUCAUGUUCUGCAACCAUUCUUAACCCAGUUGAUCAUUUCCGGGUUCUUUGUGGUAUUUCUGACUCAGACAAUAUAGUACAUGUUUCUAAGGAUGGUAGUCCGUGCGGGGACAAAAUGUUUAUAAUGUGGAGCCCCCCUGCUCUUAUGAGUAAAAUAGGCCGAACUUCUACUCCCUCGGGUAAUCAAGAUGUUACCAUCAAAUCCCAAAAGCAAGACAACUUUAUUCCAAGAGAAUCUAUAAUUCCAGAACUGGCGAAAAUUCUUCUCCAUUUACUUUCUAAUUUUCCUGGGAUUAAGGUAAUUGUAUUCUGUCCAAUUCGUAAGAUUUGUGAGCUCUUAAUGCGAGAAAUUAUUCUUCUUCUCCCAGACCACCCAUCUCUAUCAGAAAAUGAUAUCAUGUCGUAUCGUGGAGGUUACUCUAAAUCAGACAGAAGAAUCAUUGAACAACGAAUGUUUAAUGGCCAACUUCGGGCAAUUGUUGCAACUAAUGCUUUAGAAUUGGGGAUUGAUUUGUCAGAACUUGAUGUGGUAAUAUCUUGUGGGUACCCCAUGCUGAAGCUGAACCUCCAUCAACAAUUUGGUCGUGCUGGAAGAAGUGCGAAUAGUAACAGUUUGGCAAUAUAUGUAUGUGGCUCCACGCCAAUUGACCAACAUUUCAAGGCCCAUCCAGAGGAAUUGACUGACCGAGAUGUAUAUGAGGAUUUAUGCGUAGCGGGUAUGAUUGAACGGGAUUCUCUGAAAAUGUUAAUUUUAGAAAUGCAACUUCAAUGUGCGGCCUUUGAAUAUCCAAUUGAUAUGACCCGUGACAUAGAUUGGUUCGUUACCAAUACGAGGUCGACUGCUCUUUGCAAUAGUUUUGUAAAAGCUUGUCAAACAAAACUUAGCAAGGAUGGUAAUGGGAAGUACAGGACUCACCAUCUUUUCUUACCUUGGCCAGCUGACCACGUUUCCAUUAGAGCGGUAGAGGAAACAAAUUAUGCGGUUGUUGAUAUUACUAAUGGUAAAAAUAUUGUUAUUGAAGAAGUUGAAGCUCUGAGAACAAGUUUCACACUAUAUGAAGGGGCGAUAUUCUUACAUCAAGGGCUUCCAUAUCUCGUGAAAGAAUUCAACGCCCGAGACUGCUUUGCCAAAGUUGAAAGGGUUAAAGUUGAAUGGAUUACUCAACAACGUGAUUUUACCGAUGUGGACCCAAUAGAAAUUGAAUAUAUUAAAUGUCUACAACCUGAAAUCAAAAGUCAUUCACUGGGGUCUGUCCCAAAUGCUGAUGUACCACUUUUUUAUGGGAAAAUUGAAAUAGUUACCAUAGUAUUUGGGUAUUUUAAGGUUAACCGUAGACUGGAAAUCUUGGAAGCAGUUGAAGUUGAUAACCCGCCGAUGAAGAUCCAAUCUAAAGGGUUUUGGUUAGACAUUCCUAGAAAGGCACUAGAUCUAAUACGAGAAAAGAAUUUAAAUCCUGCUGGUGGUAUUCAUGCAGCACAGCAUGCCAUUAUGAAUAUACUUCCUCUCUUUAUUAGUGGGGGAGCAACUACCAAUCCUAAUGUUAGAUUUAAUUCUAGUAUUGGGGAAGCUGAGUUAAGAACAGAAUGCAAAGCCCCACUUAAGGAAUUCGCUCAACGAAAUACUAGUAGGAAACGACCAGCACGUUUAAUCUUUUACGAUGCUAAAGGGGGUUCCACCGGUACGGGUGUAUCAGCGAAAACAUUUGAACACUUCGACGAAAUACUAAAUACCACAUAUUGCCGAAUUCGUGACUGUGAUUGUGAAUGGGGGUGUCCCAUGUGUGUACAUGGGUCAUUCUGUAAAGAAAUGCUGUUAGUUAUUUCAAAGCCAGCAGCAGAAAUCAUUCUUGGAACUUUGAUGGGAGUCAGCCUUGAAAAUCUCCGUGAAAAGGUAAAUGAUGGGCCGGAACCAAAUUUACCAAAUAUCAAUAUUGAAACUAUUGAUGAUUCACGCAAGUUUGUUAAAAUGGCACCUGAUGUGGAAAUACUAGAGGUUGUUCAUAAACCAAAAGCUGAAAAGUUUGAAAUUAAGAUGGAGACUUCAGAAGAAAAAAUUGAUUCUCUUGAUUAA